AUGACGUGCCGAAAGCACGUUGUCUGGGAUGAGAGUAAUCUUGAGGACAAUGAGGAGUAUCGCCGCCUGCACCCCGUGACCAUGCGAAUAACAGAACCGAAAACUCCCUACGAGUACGCUGAGUUUGAUGAGGAGGGAAACUUUGAUGACUACUCGGAGGCGACGGAUGGAAAUAAUAAAUCGGAGGAUCAAGGUAGCAGCACAUGGGACCCGCAGAUAAAUGCGCUUGCUCGAGAGUUGAAGGAGGAGUUCCUGAAGGAUGUGAACAAGCAGGUCGCACCGAUAAGUCCUUCAGGUCGCCCGAUGCUGCUAGCCACCGUUACAAACGGCGAAGAGCUUGAGAGACAGCAUGAGGAGAAGUUUAAAAGGAUGCGCAGGGCGGUGUACGCGGACGAGGGGGCCAAUUACAAGGCUUUGCUGGGCAAAAAGCAUGAUGGUGAUGACGACGGGGAGGAGGAAGAGGAGGAGGAGGAGGAGGAGAAAUGA